GCUUUCGGUUGGUUCAGCCUGUAACGAUCUGUGGCGGGAUUGGGCCGCCUGGGUUUCACGUGGUACAGACUGGAUGAUGGCGGGCGCCGGGGAAGAUGCACGAGCCCUCUUCAGGGCUGGCGUCCGCGCGGCGUUGGAGGCUUGGCCUGCUUUACAGAUCGCUGUAGAGAAUGGAUUCGGGGGCGUGCACAGCCAAGAGAAGGCGGAGUGGCUGGGGGGUGCAGUGGAGGAUUACUUCAUCCGCAAUGCUGACUUGGAGCUGGAUGAGGUGGAAGACUUCCUUGGGGAGCUGAUGACAAAUGAGUUUGAUACAGUUGUGGAGGAUGGGAGUCUGCCCCAGGUGAGCCAGCAGUUGCAGACCAUGUUCCACCACUUCCAGAAGGGUGAUGGGGCUGCUCUGAGGGAGAUGGCCUCCCACAUCACCCAAAAAAAGUGCAAAGUCAAAGCCACUGCACUCAAGGCAGCCAAAGAGACUGAUGGGGAUCAAGAUGAUGCAGACAGCGUGGAAGAGAUGGAGGUCACAGCUACAAAUGAUGGGGCUACCACAGAUGGGGUCUCCCCCCAGCCUGAACCCUCUGAUCCAAACUCCCAGAAUAUUAAGGAAGAGGAUAUAGUGGAAGAUGGUUGGACCAUUGUCCGGAGAAAGAAAUGAGUGGGGCUGGAAUUGGUUUGGGCCCUUGUUUUCUAGGUAUUCGAAACUUAUUUGUAGGGCUUUUAUGGAGGGCUAUAGACCUCUGGAUUGGUUAUACUAUCCCCACCCUCUUUCUUGUUCCUCUGUGCAGUUCCCUACAGGGGAAGAAAAGCCCUAAGGUUCUUGGUUUUGGGGGGUCUAAGGCACUUGGUCCAACAUACCCCCUUGGGCUUUAAGUUAUCUGAGUGAUGAGGCCAGUUUUCCCAGCAUAGUUCCUCUUGGGUGCAGUCAGUGAAGAGGAGGGAUGAGUGAAUGUGGGCAUGGAUGGAGGAGCUAGACUCUGGUGGAUACUAGACAGGAGGAUUAUGGAGAGGAUGAGCCUGGGGACCAGUACUCAGUGCCAAGAGCUGGCUGGGUCAGGAAUGGUGAGAUGAACAUGCAGAUGAAAGAAAAGUUGAAGAUGUAAGCAAAAGUAGCUGUGGUGCCUCUCCCUUACCCCACCCCACCCGACACAUACCAACUCUUAUUCCUGCUCAGAGCUUAAAACCUCCCAGGAAUGCUCCCUUCCUCCAGCCCAGCCUCUCACCCCAGGUUCCCUUAGGAAUUCUAAGAUCUUGGCAAGGUGGUGAGCUUGGAAGAAGAGUUGGGCUAUUUUCUGUCUCCUCCAACCUCUUUCCUCAUUCUUUAUCCCAUCCCAUUUAAGUUCAGGGAUGAGGCUUAUGACCCUAAUAAAUAAUACCCUCUUGUUUAA